UCCUUUCUCUCUCCCAGUCGCUUGGGCCCUUCACAUUUCGGUCUCCCAGGCUAUGUCGCUUCCCGCGGCUCGGGGGCUGCUGAUUGCAGCCCAGCGGCUGCUGCCCCAGCUGGGAGCCGGCACUCCCAGCCUGGAGCGCAGUCUUAGCCUCUCUCACAGCCGGAAUACAGUGAUCGUGGAGCGCUGGUGGAAGGUGCCCCUGGCAGCCGAGGGCCGGAAGCCGCAACUGCGCCGGCGACACCGAGUCUACCGGUUGGUGGAGGACACUCAGCACAAACCGCAGGGUACGAUGGAGCUCAUCCUCACGAAGACAGUGGAAAACCUUGGAAUCAGAGGUGACACUGUCACAGUGAAGAAGUCACUGGGCCGGAAUAAACUGCUUCCUCAGGGUCUUGCUGUGUACCCAUCUCCAGAGAACAAGAAGAUAUUUGAGGCAGAGAACCUGUUGCGGCAGGAAGGGAAGCUGGAGAAGCUCCAGACCAAGACUGGUGUGAUGACAGUGAAAUUCCUGAAAAAAUGCCACCUGGAAGUAGGAAUGAAGAAUAAUGUCAAGUGGGAGCUGAAUCCUGAAAUCGUUUGCCGCCAGUUCCUCAGAAAUCUUGGAGUGGUGGUAUCCCCACAUGCCUUAAAGCUACCUGAAGAACCAAUCACAAGGUGGGGCGAGUACUGGUGUGAAGUGACGGUGAAUGGGCUUGACACCGUGAGGGUCCCUAUGUCUGUGGUGAAUUUUGAGAAGCCCAAGACCAAGAGAUACAAGCAUUGGUUAGCCAAGCAAGCUGCCAAGUAAAUGAUCCCUACAAGCUCCCUGACUCCCUGAACUAUUCUCUCCACCUAAGGCAACCAGCUAACCUUGGGCCUCCUGCUCUGGAAUUAGUGGAAUGAAUAUAGAUCGACACUUGAUCUUGCUUCCCCUAUUGUGACCUUCAUUUGGGGUCUUAAGGGUCUCAGGGCAUCAGAGAGAAUGCUACAUCACUGUCCCCUGUGUUUGCUAAUAGUAUGAUGGACACUGCCAGUACCCGUCCACUUUCCACCCACUGUCCUUACUGCAGACCUAGUUAGGAAGCACUGCACCGGAGUCAGUGAUAGUUUUCUCAGACCCAGCUUUGUCACAAGAGAUUUUUUUGUCAUGGGGUAUCUUUCAAACUGGAGUCAGACUGAGCCCAUCUGAAUGAAAUAAAUGGAAGUCCUAACUAGCUUCCCUGGGAUCUGUCAAUUCAUUGUGGGCCAUGCCAACCAUCUGCAUCAUGAGCAUCAAUAAAAAGAUUGUACUAUG